AUGCAUGAACCUCGAGCGCCCAACGCGCACACCCGCGCCGCAUCGCCGCCCCCGGCGAGUCCUCAUCCCCUUCCUCUUCUGCCAGGCGUCUUUACCGCCCAGCAGGCGGAGGAGAGUGUGGAGCUCAUUCAGCGGGAGCUCUCGCGACUUUUGCGGGCGUGCGAGUACAGGGAGCAGCACCCUUACGACGUCUUCAACGGGAGAGGGGAUAGCAGCCGCGGCGCAGCAACGCCGCGCAGUACCGGCAGCAGCAACGGCACCUCUUCGCGGUUCGCGUCGGCGUUGGCAUCGCAUAGACGUGACCCAACGGCGCCCUUGCUGUCGGAUGCAGACCCGUUGCUCCAGCUGGCCCAGUCCACCAGUGCUUUCUCUUUCCCACUCGACCCUCAUCGCAGCGAUGCCGCCGAAGCAGCGUUCUUCUCGGUUGCCGGGGCUGGUGCAGCGGCUAACGCCGCACCCUCGGUGACGAAUCUCAGCGGCGCUUCUUUCUCCGCCUUCGAAAGGCGGCGCAUUGCACAUCUCCUGGGUCGUGUGGCGCUAGAGAUCGCCGCUGUCUGGACGUACGUCCGUCGAAGCGAGCCGCUGUGCGGGACCUCACCAGGGGACCCCACCGCGCCAGUUUCGUCUGUCCGAACAACACGCAGGACAGCGCGGCUGUCGAGUGACCGCAGCACGGCCGCCCCGGCAGCAUCGCCGUUAGCUCCGGCGUCUUUGAACGCUGACGGCGGUGAUGGGCGUGCCGCAAUGACAGUCAACGUCACAGGCGAGGAGCCUGGAGUCCCGACACCUACGGUGCUGCAGAGCGCUGUGUUGGGUGAGACAGCCGAGGAGCGGCAAGACGCAUGUGACGGCGAUCCUGCACCGCAGAUUACAGCCCUGAGUGCACUGAUUGAGGCUGCUGCUGCUAUCCAACGCGCUCUCAAGAUGGCAGGUGGCGGCGGCGGGGGUGAUCACGUUGCCUCAGCAGAAAGUGCCGGUGCAGCAGCAGCACGCAGUGUGAGCGCGAACACGCUUCUGGGGGCUGCUCAAGCAGCAUCGCUAACAUUCAGCAGUUUUCCUUUUGACGGCGUCAGAGCGCCCAUUCAGGAAGCUGCGGGCGUCGGUGCUGGUAAGCAGUCUCGCCGCAGCUCCGCCGGCGUCGAUACGUCCUCUGCUGUCGCGGGGGUAUCGCAAGCCCCGCCGUCAGCCCUCACCGGAGGUCGGACCUCCGCAAGAGAGGCUGCUGAGCAGCACAGCGGAGAAGGCGAGUCGAACCCGCUCGCAAUGCCUAACGCUACCGUUGUGCGCCAGGCACCCAGCGGUGGCAGCCCAGUGAAGCGGGGUAGCACUGCAUCAUCUUCUAUUCCUUCCUACCUGCGCGCCUAUGUAUUCGAGGAGGGUGCUGACGACUGUGCUGACGAGAUGGACAACUUCGGUGAGGGGAACGGCGUUAGUGGAAACAAAGGGGCCAGGGCGGUGCUGGCGAAUGCAGACAAGAGCGUGUCUCGUUCCAUCAGCGCAGGUAGUGCCAAUGCGUGCUCCCUUUCGCGAGCCAGUGAACUGCCUGCCACCUCGCACGACGACGGCUAUAGGACACGGCCGUCCUCAGCUCGCUCUGCCGUGGAGCACCCUGCCCGAGCAAGCCACCUCAGUCCCGCGGCGACCGUCACCAGGCCAAGCUUACUGGGCUCAGCAGGUGUCUCUCUCACGGCACCGACACACGCCGGUGGCAGUGGAGGCGCGGCCACUAGCGUGGCCGCUCUCGUGGACGCCGAUCCAGUCUCCCACUGCUCGUCGCUGCGCAUUCAACGCGCCCUCUCGGCCUUGUCGCUGCAGUCCGCCUCCCUCGCGAGCUCGCCGCUGCGGGAGCCUCAGCUCAGCACGCAGCAAUCGCAGGUGUGCAGUGGUGGGAGUGCAAGCAGCCAUCCGAACGCAAGCGUAUCGCAACGGUCACCAGACUCGGCGGAGAUGUCGUCGGCUGCGGCGGCCGCCUACUUGCGCAGCACGAGCCUGUUUCGUCGACCACACCGGCUAGAAGUCCCGGUGAGCCGGACGCAGUCACUGCGCCGUGCGACGUCGAUUUCGUCUCCGAUGUCGGUGGAAGGGAUCAGUCUCGGGUCUGCCCCUGGGGCGGUGUACUACAACGGCACGCCGGCGAUGGCCUCCGGCGCGUGUGGCAACUCCUUCGCUGCAUCGUCUCACAUGACGAAGAGCAAUAGUGGUCUGCAGCUCAGCAGCGGCGGCGUUGGCGUCUUAGGAGCGUCGCCGGGCUUUAACAGCUUUUUUCCAGUGGCGAUGGGUGCCAGCGCCACUGUGGACUCCCCACACUCGUCGGUUGCAGGGUUGCAUUUCAAGCGGGUCAUCUCGCUGGACUCCGAGGGUGAGUUGUGGCCGCAGGGCUGGCUUGCCGACUCCUUGGAGAUGAGUCCGCAAAAGGUGACGCCUCUUCUGGGGCGACCAUCGGCGUCCGCCAUGGAGGCGACUCUCUCCUCAUCCCCGCUGUCGCAAGACGCGGGACUGGCGACCGCCACAGGAAGCCACAGCGCUCGUCACGGCGCUUUGAAGUCCCCAUCGGAGGGCCAGUCUGGGGGAGUGAUACCUGUCGCCACAUCUUUGUCGGGCCACCGCAGCUCCGCGCUGCCGCCAGGGAGGACGGAGCUCCCGCGCAGCCGCAAUGCGCUAAGCCGCCGCGGCACACCGAAACCCGCUGUUUCAAGUGCGUCAACGGUGACGGUGCCGUCUGCCGUGCUCGGCAGCUCGUCCUCUCAGCAGCGUCCAGUCGCUCUCUUGUCCCCCGUGCACUUCAGCUCGUCUCCUCAAAGACGCACUCACCGCUCUGUUGCAGGGCCGACAGUCUUCGCGCCGGCACCGGGCACCGCUGGCGGUGGCUUAGCAGCUGACGGGCUCACGCCGUGCUUGUACCACGUAGAAGAUGAGAUCCUCAAAGAAUUCCUGCGCUGCGUGCACGAUCUCACACGGACCAGCCUCACCGACGCCGAGUUCGACUCCCUUAAACUCUGUUACUUCCUCCCUGGUGUGUCGCUGGUGACAUCGACGGGCACAGCUCGGCCACCGUCGUCUUCGCCGCCGCCCACUGCACUGCCGUUGCCUCUGUUCGAGGGGGGUGAGCUGGUGCCUCUGCACCGCAGCAGCCUUGAUGUGUUUUGUUCUCUUAUUCGAGAGCGAUUGGUGGCGGUGUGCCGCAGUCUCCGCAUUUCUACCGCCCCUUACUUGGCAUUGCUGUAA